CUCUUAACCUGCGUAAUGCCUGAAGUGAACGUUCUAUUGCUCUCCAACAUAAAGGUAUCAAAGGUUCUUUGCAAAAAUAUCACAAAUUCUUGCGCGCAGUCUAUAGCAGCCCCCCCCAUGGUCGCUCACUGCCUAACCUAAACUGAGAACAUCUCUGUUUUCAAAAGUAAAAAAAUAUUGUCGCAUAAACCACAUUACAUACAACGAUUGAAACUUACACCAAACUUCUACUAGUAUAUGUUACAGUAUUUGGAGGAAAAUGGCAGCCACAGCAAUUCAAUAUUAUAGGAUAUCAAUAUUUCGUUGUCUUUAGGGGUGUUUUCUCUCUUUGCUUUUUUUUUUUAUAACAUAAAAGUGGUGAAUAAAAAUCGGCCAUGAUUGAAUGUAACUUUUGAACUUGACAGUUUUCUCAUGUGAUUAAAAAAAAAAGAAAAAAAAAAAAAAAAGGAAUUUCAACGGCCUUUAAUUUGUGAAAAAUAACGUCAAGCACAUUCAAAUUUGUAGGAAAAGCCAAUCAAUUAACUAAUUGAUUGCUGUGGCCUGCUGUGUGCUAAAAAAUCAAAUUAGGAAAGGAAAAGAAGGAAUUUUCUGUGAUUUUUCUGAAGUAGGAAGAAUUUGAAAAAAAUGACUUCACUCAAUGACAAGAAGAAAGAGCCUGUAGAGCCAGAAAAUGAAUUAUCUGAUGUUAUAAAACAAAUAGAGAAGAUCCCUAUAACUGGGGAAGUUGCUGAUGCACGAAUUCCUUUGAAUUGUUUAGAAAAUUAUGACAUAAGCCAUUCACUAGCCAAAGAAAAGUUAUCGCAAAGCAAACUAGGCACGGCAAAGAUCCAAGACGCUUGGAAAAUUCCUAAGGUAUCUGCGGGAGAAGUUACCUGGAAGAAAAGGGCAGCUGCAGCCAUCAUCACUGCUAGCCCAGCAAUAACUAAAUGCGAAACAGUAGCAACAUCCGUUGCGGAUGUAAACCUAACACAAGCCAACGAUUUGCAUCGUAAUCCGACGGACAAUGUUACGCUAAAAAUCAGCCAAGCAAAGGCAUUAUGCGAUGAAACUAAAACUGUAAUGGAAUCGAAACGGUUUGCCGCCGAUUCAAUGCCUAAGCCACAGAAUAAAGAUCUAUUGCAACAUGAAGUAAAAGCAACUACAGCAACCCAAGCUGACUUAAAUGCUUUAUCAAAGCAGACAUUAAUGACUUGCUUUAAAAACGAAAGUCAAUGCAUGAAAUCCGUUGCCGAAAUUGAUGAAGAUGAUUUUCUUUUUAUGUCCGUCUAUGCUACGGAUAUCUAUGAUUAUCUUUUCAAAUUGGAGAGUGAACAACCAAUCGAUAAAGAUCAUUUAAAAGGACAAAAGGAAAUUAAUGCCAACAUGCGGGCUACUCUAGUCGAUUGGAUUAAUGAAAUUCAUUUACAUUUUCAUAUGAAUGAUGAAGUCUUUCAGCUAACUGUCGCCAUAAUAGAUCGUUAUGUACAAAUUGUUAAAGAUACGAAAUUUUCGCAAUUCCAAUUAGUUGGUUUAACUGCAUUUUUUUUAGCUGCCAAAUACGAAAAAUCGCGUCCUCCGUCAUUUGUCGAUUUACUUCGAUUAACUGACGACUCUUACACUGACAGUCAGAUGCGUCAAAUGGAAUUGAAAAUUCUUAAAAUUUUAGAUUAUAACCUAUCGCGACCUUUACCCAUACAUUUUCUAAAACGUUUUACAAAAGUAUCGGAAGCCGAGGCCAUCCAUUACGCCAUGUCCAAAUAUUUAAUCGAAUUGACUAUGAUACAACCGGAUAUGGCGCAUUAUAAACCAUCCGAAAUCGCUGCCGCAUCUUUAUUCUUAGCCUUGAAUCUGCUAAAGGUGAAGUGUGUACCGUCUAUGGGCUUCGAUAGUAGUUACUGGACAGUUACUCUUCAACAGUAUUCUCGUUACGAAAUUGAAGAUAUUAAGCCAAUUGCCAGGAAAAUUGCUGAGGUGGCUCGUAAUGCACAAACUAAUCCAUUACGUGCUGUUUACAAUAAGUACAAGUCGACAAAAUUUUUAGAAAUCUCUCUACGCUCCGAACUUUAUGGGAGUUUAAUAGAUUCGCUUAUUAAAGAUGAGAACUGAAGGCACGAGAGAGUUAGGGAUGAUGCAAGCUCUCUUACAGAUCAGAAGGAAAACUUUCCAAAAUGUAUUUUCGUUCUGGAACUUUCAGAGGAAACAAAAGCAAUCUUUACCGUUCCGGUUCGUUCCGGUUAAAUAGAUAGAUAGGUUGCUGUGUAACAUUGUAAUUUUGCUUUCUUUUUUUUUUUUUUUUUUGAUUUCUAAUUCCUUUGUUCGACAAGAAAUUAACUAAAAGCUUUUACGACAUAACGGGAACAUCUUGGUAGAGAUUGCUUUUGUUUGAA